UAUAAGUCCAAUUUGGGAGGCAAAAAUAUACAAAACGAACAAUCGGAAUCAAGUACACGACAGAUCGCGAUUGCAUCACCGUCCUGUGUGUAUAUAUCUUGCGAUGGCCAUCUGCCCCGAGAAAGCCACGGCUAAUCGUUGGGUAAGGUAGUCAUAGAGCAGGCAGAAUGAUGGACGGGGCUGGAGCGCUACUCCGGAGUCAUCAGAUGGAGCCGCCGCCGCCGUUCUUAGCAAUUUCGGUCACCGUGGCGACCUUGGCUGCUGGCGUAUUCGCCAUAUAUUUCUACGCACCUUCAUGGCGCGUACGUAGGGUCCCCGGUCCGAUGGCUUACCCGCUGAUCGGCCACCUGCCGUUGCUCGCCAAGCACGGGCCGGCGGUGUUCACGGUCCUCAGAGAGAGAUUCGGGCCCAUCUACAGGUUUCACAUGGGUAGACAGCCGCUAGUUAUGAUUGCAGACCCCGAGCUGUGCAGAGAGGUGGGAAUCCAGAAGUUCAAGAGCAUCCCCAACAGAAGCGUCCCUAGUCCUAUUCGCAGCUCGCCUAUUCACAACAAAGGCCUCUUCUUUACGAGGGACUCGAGAUGGCAAUCCAUGAGAAAUGUCAUCAUCUCCAUUUACCAGCCGUCGCACGUGGCAAGCCUCAUCCCUUCCUUCCAACCGUACAUUGAAUGGACGGAGCGCCUCCUCCGGCAUGGCGAGGAGAUCACCUUCUCCGACCUCUCGUUAAAGCUCUUCAGCGACACUAUUGGUCAGGUCGCCUUUGGUGUGGACUUCGGCCUCACCAAAGGCACCACCUCUCCACCACCGAAACACCAUGUCGAUUGUGCUGAGACUGUCGACAUGACAACGGAUUUCAUCGAAAAGCACUUCUACGCCACGACGUCCCUCAAGAUGGACCUGUCAGGCUCCGUGUCCAUCAUCCUUGGCAUGCUCGUGCCGUUGCUACAGGAACCCGUGAGGCAGCUCCUGCUGCGUAUGCCGGGCUCAAAAGACCGCCGGAUGGAAGAGACCAACUUGGCCAUGAGUGGGCUACUAGACAACAUUGUGGCUGAGCGGGCGGCACAAGCUGACAGGGGGGAGAAGAACUUCCUGUCUGUGAUGCUUAAUGCAAGCGAGAGCACAGACGCAAUGAGGAAGUUGUUGACGCAAGACUACGUGAGCGCACUUACAUACGAGCACUUACUUGCAGGGUCGGUGACCAUGUCCUUCACGUUGUCAAGCCUGGUGUACCUUGUGGCGAUGUACCCCGAGGUAGAGGAGAAGCUACUCAAGGAGAUCGACGCUUUUGGGCCCAAAGAUGUGGUACCCAAUGUUGAGGACAUCCAGACCAAAUUCCCUUACAUGGAGCAG